AUGGCCCCAUGUGGCGGCGAGCGCGGAGGAGGGGACGGCGGCUGCACGAAAUGGCUCUUGCCGCCGCGCGCCGGCACCCGUGUCCCCGGCGCCGCAGGAGCCAUCGCCAGGUCCCGCUGGGCCAGGCUGGGUCCUCCAGGGCUUCCUGCCCGGAGCCGCUUCCUGCAGCUGCUCCUGGAGCUGAGGCUGGGCAGAGGGGUUAGAAAAAAGGUGUUCGCGUAUGGUGCGACCGGAGCAGGGAAAACCUACACCAUGCUGGGCUCCGAGGAGAGCCCGGGCAUCAUGUACCUCACCAUGGCAGAGCUCUACAAGAGGAUCGAGGCCAGGAAGGACGAGAAGAGCUGCGAGGUGCUCGUCUCCUACCAGGAGGUGUACAACGAACAAAUCCAUGACCUCCUGGAGCCCAAGGGCCCCUUGGCAAUCCGGGAAGAUCCAGAAAGAGGCGUCGUGGUCCAGGGACUCUCCUUCCACCAGCCCAAAUCGGCAGAGCAGCUCCUGGAGAUGUUGGCCAACGGCAACAAGAACCGCACGCAGCACCCCACUGAUGCCAACGCCACCUCGUCCCGCUCGCACGCGGUCUUCCAGAUCUACGUGAAGCAGCAGGACCGUGUGCUCGGCCUCACGCAGGACCUGCAAGUGGCCAAGAUGAGUUUGAUCGACCUGGCAGGCUCGGAGAGAGCGUCGGUCACGAAGGCCAGGGGAGAGCGACUCCGCGAGGGCGCCAAUAUCAACCGCUCGCUGCUGGCCCUCAUCAACGUCAUCAACGCCCUGGCCGAUGCCAAGAGCAAGAAGAGCCACAUCCCGUACCGGAACACCAAGCUCACGCGCCUGCUCAAGGACUCCAUUGGCGGCAACUGCCGCACCGUCAUGAUCGCCGCCGUGAGCCCCUCGGCGCUGGCCUACGAGGACACCUACAACACGCUCAAGUACGCCAGCCGCGCCAAGGACAUCAAGCUGGCGCUGAAGAGCAACGUGCUCAGCCUCGACUGCCACAUCAGUAAAUACGCCGUGAUCUGCGAGCAGCUGAAAGCAGAGGUGGCAGAGCUGCGGGAGAAGCUCCGCGCCUACGAGGGCAGCGCGCAGGACACAGGAGAGCGGCCGCCCGGCCCCGCGGGGCUGCCCAGGUUGGAGGAAGCUGUCCCAAAGACAGGCUCAGACCCCCAAGUUUCCUUGGAGAGAGACCAAGAAACAGAUGCAGAAUUGGAAGCUGAACAGCUUGUUCAGCCACGGGAGCUUGAACAGGAGGAAGAGGCUCGAGAGGAGAUGCCCCCCAGCAGCCCCGGAGCAGCCCCCCACUUGGAUCCGCAGCUGCAGACGCAGGGAGUGAAGCUUCCUCCACAGGGGCUGUCCAGCAGCCGGACGGAGAUGCUCGUAGCUGCCGUCCUCAGCAUCGCCCGGAGGCAGUACUCCCUCCUCAGGGCUGCCAACCUCUUAACUCCUGACAUGAUCUCUGAAUUUGAGGACCUGGAGCGUGAGGUCCAGCAGGAGGCUGGUGCCAGCCUGGAGCAGCUCAGGCAGCUGGAAGGGCCCGCGGGGACCAGCGGGACUGCGGCAGGAAGGACCCAGCAGGACCGUCACGCUGGGGCCGCCGAGUGCCGUGUCCCUGUGGGCAGAGCCACCCCACACCGCUCGCCGUCCCCUCCGCCCGCCAGCCCCAUGCCAGGGCCUGGCCCGGCCAAGAAGAGGAAGAGCAGCGGGAGGGCUCUCUCCGAGGACGGCGCCCCGGCCGCACCAGGGCCCUUCGGCCUGGACUUCCCCGGCUGGGAGAACGUGCAUUGCCUCCUGGGCCAGCAGGACGGGCCCUUCGCGCCCAGGGGCACCUCCAUCCCGGUGUUCACCAUGAAGGGCUCCUCCAUCCCCAAGCCCUGCUCCAGCUCCAGAGCGUCCACCCAGCAGCGCAGGCGAGCGGCGAGUGCCCGGCGCCUGCCACCCCGCGCCCCGUCCCACUCUCCAACAGGGGUUAGCACUGCCCCCUCGCACCCCUGUGGUGCCAACGCGGGCGCGGCCGGGAACAACCUCUCCCUUGGAAUAAACCCUGGAGCUGAAAGCAGCAGGGCCAGCGUGGCUGUGGGGCUCCCGCUUGUUCUCGUCACUGUCACCUCCUUGCACGGGGAGCAGCCUCCGUCCCCAGCGCUGCGGGUGGGAGCAGGGCCGGGCGCCUCGGCCCCUGUGCUUCUGCCCGGCACCUCUCCACUCGGGGAUCCCGUGGGAGCACUGCCCCCGGUCCUGACCUACUUCCCGCACCGGCUCUGCAGCCUCUCGUCUCCUCACGAAACCCUGGUUGCUCUCGCGCCCUUGACCCUCGCUCUGCUCCCCAGCAGCCUGGAGAUGCCAGCUGCCACCCACGCUGUCCCCAAGGUCCCGCUGUCCCCAUGA